AUCACGACGAUAAAUGACAUUGCUAUUACCAAGAAUUGGGUUACAGUCUCUAACGAGGGGUGGCUUACUUUCCUCUAGAGUUCCUAGAAUUUCCUCAUGUUUGGUUAGAUUCAAAUCUGAAGUUCCUUCACCUUAUAAUCCUAAGAAAGAUUUACCUACAGCAGGAGAGUGGAAUUAUUUGAAACAACAUAUUCCAGGUGAAACAGUACAAACUAAUACAUUAAAGGAUAGAGUUCCUAAAUUCCCAUUAGGUAAAGAAAAUGUCCCUACGUUAUUACCAAGGCCAGGAGUUCCACAAGUAGGAUCAAAAUAUACGUUUACUCAAGUUAUAAACAUUUUGGAAAACAAGACUAAACCUGAGUUAAUUUAUGAAAGUGAACCACAUAGAUUGUAUUUCUUGACUUGUUUGGCUUGUGCUGUUGUUUUUGCAGUAUACGCGUGCGUAUUGUUAGAAUGGGCAUUCUAUAUGGCUAGAACUGAAUAUCAAGAAAACGAAGAAUUGAUUGUUAAUGAACAGCUUCGUAAACGUCAAUGGGUAUUUUCAUUAAUGACAUAUAUGAUUCCGUCCACAAUUAUGUUUGGGUUUGCUUAUUUCAUUGGAUUGUUUCCUACUAGAUUAGUCAGAAGAAUGUGGUAUUUACCAGGAGCAAACCCUCAUAUUCAAUUCACUUCAUAUCCAUUAUUACCAGGAAAACCAACUCCAGUAUAUACUGUUCCAUUAGCUAAUUUAUCAAGAAAGCACACUGCUAAGAUUUGGACAGGUAAAGGGUUUUAUGGAACUGCCGAUAAGGGUUUUUUCUUUUUCGUAAUGAAGGAACAAUUAGCCAACAAGAGAACCAAGAAUUGGAUCGUUGAUAGAAAAGCAUUCUUUUGGAGCGAUGGAAGAGUAUUUGAUUAUUUGUUUGGUAAGGAAACUAUUGCUGAAGCAGAAGCUGGCAUUCCUUAUGAUGAACAAUUUGGUAUAAUUAACCGUGAAUUGAAAGAAAAGAAGAAGAAGUUGAGAAAAGAGCAUGGUGCAUUUUGGAAAUUUAAAUUGGCUUCUGAAGAGGUUAAAAGUGAUAUAAAUAAAGCUGGAAGUUAUGUAUCUACUUUAAAAAAUCCAAAGAACAAGAAAUCAUUACCUAAAGGCAGUGGCAAAUAGAGAGUGUGUGUACAUGUAAAUAGUGUAAAUAAUUAAUAGGACGAUAUUAG